AUGACCGAAUCAAAGAUGCAACUCGAAGAUUGGCUGGAUGAUUUAUGUGUCCGGUUCAUCAUCAACCUGCCACACGAAGAGCUUGAAUCCGUCGAACGAAUCUGUUUCCAAGUGGAAGAGGCACAAUGGUUUUACGAGGAUUUCAUUCGACCUCUCGAUCCCGCGCUGCCCUCCCUUUCCCUCAAAGCCUUCAGCUUGCGCAUCUUCCAGCACUGCCCUCUCAUGUCACAAUGGUCCCACUACCACCACAUGGCCGCUUUCUCGGAGUUCUUGGCCUACAAGACCCGAGUUCCAGUUCGCGGCGCAAUCCUCCUCAAUGAAGAGAUGGACUCCGUGGUUCUGGUCAAGGGCUGGAAGAAAGGCGCGAACUGGAGUUUCCCGCGAGGGAAGAUCAAUAAGGGCGAGCCUGACUUGGACUGUGCCAUUCGUGAAGUCUACGAGGAAACUGGGUUUGAUGUCCGUGCGGCUAAUCUGGUGAAGGAUGAAGACUCCGUGAAGUCUAUCGAGGUCACCAUGCGAGAGCAACACAUGCGACUCUUUGUCUUCCCCGGUGUCCCCCGUGAUUCGCAUUUCGAGCCCCGUACGCGCAAGGAAAUUAGCAAGAUUGAAUGGUACAAGUUGUCAGACUUGCCCACUCUUAAGAAGAAUAAGCAACAUGACGAAGGCAUGGCGGUGGCCAAUGCGAACAAGUUCUACAUGGUUGCACCAUUCUUGCACCCGCUGAAGAAGUGGAUUGCUCAGCAGAAGAAAUUGGCAGCCAAGGAUCAGACAGGACUGAAACCUUCCUUGCAAACCGAAGGCUAUACAUCCGUGGAUGAGAAUGGAUAUCGGGGCGACUUUGCUGCUUACGGAGGCGGAGUUAGUGAUCUACCAGAGGUCGACGCUGUGGUACCAGUGCCGGACGCCUCCUCUCACAUUAAGCAGUUGCUCAAGAUUGGUGAAGGUCACGCAGAGCCAAUUCAAACGCAAGCUUCUUCUCCCGCUCAACCACCUGCUGUGGAUCAGAUGAAGUCAAACGCGCUUCUGGCUCUUCUCAGGACCGGAUCACAGGGCCCAGUUUCCCAAGCUCAGAAAGAAGCUGCCGCUCUUCAACACUCUAUCCCCUCAGGCGUACCUACUACCACUCAGCAACCUCACCUGGCGCCGAAUUUCUUUCCUGGUUUCCCUCAGCAACAGCAGCACAUGGCACCAUCCAAUUUCAUGCAACAGACCUCUGCGCAACACCUACCUGGGCCGCAACCGGGCAGUACCCUGCCUCCUUUGCACGCUAUCCAGCACCAGCAAUUACCUGUCUCUGGACAGGCUGAGCUUGCAGGAUCUUCAGCGGUGCCCCAAUUCCCCCAAGUGCCGCAACCGGGCUAUCAGAGCCAUCACCCUCAAUCUCCACCUUCCAAUAUUGCACUUCCGAGAAAUGUUGUUGCUCCAUUCCAAAGGACCGGUGACCCUCAAUUCUCCAAGCCGGCCCAGCCCUCUCAGGUCCCCGGUGCCAUUGUACCGCCAGCUAGUAAGCUGCCUCCACCCAAGCUUACUAGCCACUCGCUCGCGCUCCUCGGUUUCUUCAAGGACGGGAGCAAGACGCCUAAGACUCCUCAUGCCGCCCCAGUACCCGUUUCUGCGCCUAUCCCUGCGCCAGUACCUGCACCAGGUCUUAGUCAAGAACGCAAGACUUCUCUUCACCAGGACAGUCUCUUGAGCUUGUUCAAAGGCCCGAAGGGUUCGCUUGCCUCUCAGCCUGCGGAAUUGUUGGGUCAGCCUGUCCGUGCAGCGCCGCCCGCGGAGAGACAAAUCCUUCAACGCCCGCCAUCACAGGCGGAACCCAGUCAGCAACGUGGUCCUGUCGGAUCAAAGUCUCAUAUGACUGUGUCACAUACCUCAGCCACUGUAUCUGGUCCUUUCAAUAUCCCUCAGUUUGAGCAGAGUCCAAAGUCGGCGACUAGGCGGACGGCCAAUGGUCUAAGUCGCAGAAGCAAUUCCAAUCGUCGGGAACAAUCACAGGCGCAGCCACUGUCCUCGCCGAUCACGAUUCUCCCUCGGCCGCAAAGUGCAAAGCGAGAUGUUCCUCUCUCCGGGCUCCCUGUCUCUACAAUUCAGGCACCACCUCAGCACCAGAUUACUCAACCUGCAGCACCUGAGCCAGUGAAACCCUUCCAGCCACAGAUUCUGCGUCGGUCUGAAAAGACUGGUUAUGAAAACUUGUUGAUGGGUGCCCCCAAAACGGAUAGCGUCGAUCGCAAGCCAAACCUUCCUGGUUUACAGGCCAAACCCGAGCAGCUGGCCCCGAACUUUGAUCGCCGGCCAAGCCAGACCCAUGCCCAGAAGGAAGCACUUCUCUCGCUCUUUGGUAAACCCCAGAUGUCCCCUUCCAUGACUUCGGCCGUCCAGCUUGACUCCCGAGCUGUCAACCAGCAGCCGCCCAGUGUCUCUGGUCUAGUCAGCCCCCUCUCGUCGCUGCAAUUUGCGAGCAGCGGCGAAUCGGUUUCUCGUCAUGGAACACCUUCCGAUGGUGAACUUCAUCCGUCUUCUGUCAACCGAGUUUCGUCGCCAAGCAACAAGGCAUUUUUGCUUGGUUAUCUGCAGGGAGUAGCCAAGAGCGGCAAUUGA